AUGUCCUGCUGCAGCCCAUGCCAGCCCUGCGGCCCAACCCCGCUGGCCAACAGCUGCACUGAGCCCUGUUGUGUGAGAUGCCAGAGCUCCACCGUUGUCAUCCAGCCCUCCGCCGUGGUGGUGACCCUGCCCGGACCCAUCCUCAGCUCCUUCCCACAGAACACCGCCGUGGGCUCCUCCACCUCCGCUGCCGUUGGCAGCAUCCUCAGCUCUCAGGGGGUGCCCAUCAGCUCCGGGGGCUUUGACCUCUCCUGCCUGGGCAGUGGCUACUGCGGCAGGAGCUGCCCCCCCUGCUAG